ACUGGAAAUCCAUUAUAUGAAUCUUAUUACAAGCAGGUAGACCCAGCAUACACGGGUCGGGUCGGGGCGAGCGAAGCUGCACUUUUCCUGAAGAAAUCUGGACUUUCGGACAUUACUCUCGGGAAAAUAUGGGACUUGGCUGACCCAGAAGGUAAAGGGUUCUUGGACAAACAGGGUUUCUAUGUGGCACUGAGGCUGGUGGCCUGUGCACAGAGUGGUCACGAUGUCACCUUGAGCAACCUGAACCUGAGCAUGCCGCCGCCCAAGUUUCAUGACACGGGGAGCCCGCUGACGACUGCCGCACCCUCUGCUGAGGCACUCUGGGCUGUGAGGGUGGAAGAAAAAGCAAAGUUUGAUGGAAUCUUUGAAAGCCUUUUGCCCAUAAAUGGCCUGCUCUCUGGAGACAAGGUCAAGCCUGUCCUCAUGAACUCCAAGCUGCCCCUGGAUGUCCUGGGCCGGGUCUGGGACCUCAGUGACAUCGACAAGGACGGCCACCUGGACAGAGACGAGUUUGCUGUGGCCAUGCACCUGGUGUACCGCGCUCUGGAGAAGGAGCCAGUGCCGGCAGUCCUACCCCCGUCCCUCGUGCCCCCCACUAAGAGGAAGAAGACAGUGUUCCCAGGUGCCGUGCCUGUGCUGCCUGCAAGCCCACCGCCGAGAGACAGCCUCCGCUCCACACCCUCGCAUGGUAGCGUCAGCAGCCUCAACAGUACCGGCAGCCUGUCCCCCAAGCAUGGCGGCAAGCAGGCCCAGCCCUCGGUGAGCUGGGUGGUGCCCGUGGCCGACAAGAUGCGCUUUGACGAGAUCUUCCUGAAGACAGACCUGGACCUGGAUGGCUACGUGAGUGGCCAGGAGGUGAAGGAUAUCUUCAUGCACUCGGGCCUCACCCAGAGCCUGCUGGCACACAUCUGGGCCCUGGCGGACACGAGGCAAAUGGGGAAGUUAAGCAAAGACCAAUUCGCGUUAGCUAUGUAUUUCAUUCAGCAGAAGGUCAGUAAAGGCCUCGACCCCCCUCAAGUCCUCUCGCCAGACAUGAUCCCACCCUCGGAAAGAGGCACCCCAGUUCCGGACAGCUCAGGCUCCCUGGGCUCAGGAGAGGUCACUGGCGUGAAGGAGCUGGAUGACAUCAGUCAGGAGAUUGCGCAGUUACAGAGAGAGAAGUAUUCACUGGAACAAGACAUUAGAGAGAAAGAAGAGGCGAUCAGGCAGAAAACCAAUGAAGUCCAGGAAUUGCAGAAUGAUCUGGACCGGGAGACGAGCAGUCUGCAAGAACUGGAGGCACAGAAGCAGGACGCUCAGGACCGCCUGGACGAGAUGGACCAGCAGAAGGCCAAGCUCCGAGACAUGCUGAGUGACGUGCGGCAGAAGUGUCAGGACGAGACGCAGAUGAUUUCCUCGCUGAAGAUGCAGAUCCAGUCACAGGAGUCAGACCUUCGGUCUCAGGAGGAUGACCUGAACCGGGCCAAGGUAGAGCUGGGCCGUCUACAGCAGGAGGAAGCACAGCUGGAGCAGAGCAUUCAGGCCGGACGCGCCCAGCUCGAGACCAUCCUCAAGUCCCUUGCGUCCACGCAGGACGAGAUCAACCAGGCGAGAAGCAAGCUCUCCCAACUUCAUGAGAGCCAGCAGGAUGCCUGCCGUGGCCUCCUGCCCAGUGAUGAGGCCCUCAACGGGCCACCUGGCCUCACUGACCUGACCGAGCGGGGCGGCUUCGGAGUCACGGAUGAUCCUUUCAAAAAUAAAGCCUUGUUAUUUAGCAACAAUGCCCAAGACUUACACCCGGACCCCUUCCAAGCUGAAGACCCUUUCAAAUCUGACCCCUUCAAAGGAGCUGAUCCCUUCAAAGGUGACCCGUUCCAGAAUGACCCUUUUGCCGAACAGCAGACAACUUCAACAGAUCCAUUUGGAGGGGAUCCCUUCAAAGAAAGCGACCCGUUCCGGGGUUCUGCCACAGACGAUUUCUUCAAGAAACAGACAAAGAAUGACCCGUUUACCUCAGACCCGUUCACGAAAAACCCUUCCUUACCUUCCAAGCUCGACCCCUUUGAGUCCAGUGAUCCUUUCUCAUCCUCCAGCAUCUCCUCAAAAGGAUCAGAUCCCUUUGGAACCUUAGACCCCUUCGGCAGUGGGUCCUUCAAUAGUGCUGAGGGCUUUGCUGACUUCAGCCAGAUGUCCAAGCCCCCACCUUCUGACCCCUUCGCCUCCUCCUUUGGAGGAGCAGGAUUCUCAGAGGACCCCUUUAAAAGUAAACAGGACACUCCUGCUCUGCCUCCGAAGAAGCCCGCUCCUCCUCGGCCCCACCCACCCAGCGGUCACAGUACGCCCGUAAGCCAGCUCGGCCCGGCUGACCUUCCUGAGCCCCCAGACCCCUUCCAGGCACUUGGGGCUGACAGCAGUGACCCGUUCCAAAGUAAAAAGGGGUUUGGGGACCCAUUUAGUGGAAAAGACCCCUUUGCUCCCUCCUCUGCGGCUAAGCCUUCUAAAGACUCCUCCUUGGGGCUUGCAGACUUCACCUCUGUAAGUUAA